AUGGGCGCUUGUAAGUACAUUCAGGAGCUAGGGAGGAAAAAGCAGUCUGAUGUAAUGCAUUUUCUUCUCAGGGUGUGCUGCGGGCAGUACCUUCAGCUCUCUGUACUCCACAGGGUCCCCUGCCCCAUUCGGUCCCAUAAAGCACGCAGGCUGGGAUACAAGGCCAAGCAAGGUUAUGUCAUACAUUGGAUUCGUGGGUGCUCUGAUGGCUGCAAACGCCCCAUUCCUAAGGGUGCCACCUAUGUCCAUCACAGUGUUAACCAGUUAAAGUUUGCUCAAAGCCUUUGGUCUGUUGCUGAGGAGUGAGAUGGACGUCGCUGGGGGACUCGCAGAGUCCUGAGUUCUUACUGGGUUGGUGAAGAUUCUGUGUGUAAGUUCUGUGAGGUUAUUCUCCCUGAUCCAUUCCUUAAAGCUAUGAGACAGAAUUAUGACACCCAGUGGAUCACCAAACCAGCCCAAAAGCACAUGAGAUCGNGGACAUCUGCAAGCCGCAAGAGCUGUGGCUUUGAAAGGGGCCACAAGUUCUACCAUGCUAUUGGUGGUUCUCGCCAUGCAGCUUGGAGAAGGUGCAGUACUCUCCAGAUCCACCAUUACUGCUAAUAUAAGCAAUGGUUGUAAAAUUUUUACCUUAAUAAAGUUUCAGCAGUCAAAAAUAAACAAAAAAGAGGAGUAGUGCCAACUAUAUGCCAGG